UCAAAACGACAUCCAUUUUCUCUCUAUAUAUUAUCACAUUCAUUUGUAAUAUAUCUUUAACCACACCUACAAUAUUCAACAAAACUUAGCUAGAUCAGGUACAAUGUCUUCGGAACCCUACAAGACGGCUCCACAACCCGAAACCACCACAUCAUGGGAGAAGGAGGCGACGGCUCGGCCACCGGUAGCACCACCACGACCACCAACGGAGUCGAGAGCUUCGGCCGCCUACUUUGCAUUGGUUGAUGUGGUUUUGAGAUUCCUGCUGUUUGCUUCUGCUUUGGUUGCUGUUUUGGUUAUGGUUACUAGUAAGCAAACUGAAAAAGUUCCAAUACCAAUUUAUCCAUACCAAGCUCCAAUGUCUGCUAAGUUCAAUCAUUCACCAGCUUUCGUAUACUUUGUAGCAGCACUUUCUGCUCUGGGCUUUUACAGUAUUAUUACCAGUCUCUUUUCCUUGUUUGCCCUCCUUAGGCCUGGUAGCUGUCCCAAACUGGUGUCUCAUUUCGUCAUAUUCGAUGUGCUCUUCUUAGGAAUUGUAGCGGCAGCAACUGGAACAGCAGGUGGAGUUGCUUAUAUAGGUUUAAAAGGCAAUUCUCACACUGGAUGGAGUAAGAUAUGUAAUAUCUACGACAAGUUUUGCAGGCAUAUCGGAGCUUCCAUUGCAGUUUCAUUGGCCGCUUCCAUUUUGUUGGCGAUGCUCGUUUUGUUCUCCAUUUCGUCCCUCUCCAAGAAAAUCCCCAAGUAGAGAAAUCUUGGGAACUCAUCUGUUGUCUCAUGAAUGUGUAGAAGUAUGUUUGAAAAGCAGUAAAUGAUAAUUUCGUUAAUUUCCUUUGUAAUAUUGUCGAGUAUAGUAGAAUAUGUCAUGCCAAAUAUAGAACUUCUGUACCUUGUCGAAAGUUUGAUUUUAUGCGUCUAACAGUUUGUGGUAAAACUAGAAUUUGUCUUGUAUUUAAUUUGUAAAUUUAUUGUAAUAUGUUGGAGGUUCAAGGCAAUUAAAUAUGAAAAAUAUUAGUUGGAACAUAA